AUGAGUAAGUCAGCUAUGAUUCUCUGAUACAGCAGUGCAGGUUUUUUGAUUCCCCAAAGACUGCAGAACUUACUUCAGUGACGUUGUCUCGGGCUGGGUGUGAGAUUUUUUCAUUCAUGCGGAGAGGUGAUACUGUCCUGCAGCUGGACCAUGAAGCGAUCUUCUCUCCUUAUUCUGAUGCUAAAUGCCUUCUGCACCCUUUCACAAAUUCCCCAUGAAGUCGUCUAUGUUGUGGGCUGUGCGAACAACACAGUGGAAGUUCAGUAUGAGUUUGAUAAUGAGGAGUUUUUAUACAUGGAUUUCGAAAGAAACGAUAUCGUUUACACUGUGCCACCUUUUAUUUUGCUAAACCCAAGUGAAAUAUUUAGUGACAUGCAUGUGUAUCUAGAUGCUCUCAAAGCCAAAGUAGCGUGUAGUGUACUUCUUGCUAUCCUCAAAUCCCAGGGAAUAGAUCCACCAGAGGUAACAGACCCCCCUGAGAGCGUCCUCUACCCUGCAGACGAAGUUCAGCUUGGAUUUGAAAACAGCCUCACUUGCUUUGUAAAUCACUUCUACCCACCUGGAAUCAAAGUCAGCUGGACUAAAAAUGGCCACCCAGUGUCAGAAGGGGUGUCGCUCAGUCGAUAUUAUCCCAAUAAAGAUAAGACCUUCCACCAGUUCUCCACCCUGAAAUUCACACCAGAGGAGGGGGACAUUUACAGUUGCACUGUGGAGCACAUAGCUCUGGACCUGCCUCAAACCAGGAUCUGGGAACCAGACAUCAGUCAUCCCAGUAUUGGACUAGAUGUUUACUGUGGAGCGAGCGUGACUGUGGGCUUGUUGGGGUUCGCAAUUGGAAUAGUUUUACUCAUUAAAGGACACCUUAGACAAUAAAUGCUCAGUUUGAAAAAGAUGUGAUAAAUGUUAUAGUUUCUUAAGCUGCAGUCUGGUUUUAAGAGGUGAAAAUAUCCCGACUGCUGGUGUUUUUUUUAUUCUUUACUUGUUUCUUUAACUGCUCAUUCAAUAACUUAUAGGUAGAAGUUUUGGAAAAAUACAUCUAUAAAUUUGAUAUUUCCUCACAAACAAGAAAAACAUGCAUCAGCAUUAAACAUAACACAUUGCUGUUUAUAUUUAGCUUUAAAUUAGAUAUGCGUUAAAGGGGAAAUUCUGCAUCUUUACUAAUAAACAAUAAUGAGAAAAAGUCAUUUUUCCUCCUCCACUUUCCAGAAAAUGUGUGCUCAUUAAAGGCUGUUUGGAGAUUUUCUCUUUGUGACAUCACAAAGGGCAGUAACCCCUCCCCCAGGUGGGUGCCCUCUGUAAACCACUGGGAAUGGUGCAAGAAAGCCCAAGCCACCAAAGCCUUUCUAAAGUGGUGUGUUCAAACACAGCUCACUUGCAUUUAAAGCUACAGACACAUAAACAGCCUGUUCUGAGCAGGGCUGAAGUAGAGGGGUUAUAGGCAAGAUACAAAACAGGAUCAGAGUGGAUUUUUAUUAAGAAACUUCACAGACAUGUUUUUGGGAACUCUGAGAUUUUUUGUUGAAGUGGAGUAUAAUAUGUGACCUUUAUCUACAUGUGAAAAAUGAUUAACAAUCUUGCAAGAGUGACCUCACUACAGCAGAUAAAACAUGUUUUGAAAAAAAGUGACUCAUUGAAAUCAUUCAAGUUAAAAAAAAAAUUGAAAAUCAUUUUGGUUUUCCCAAGGUCAGUGUUUGUGUGUUCUGUUCAGGUGUGCUAUUAAACCAAAAAAAGAGAAAGAAAUGAUGUGCAUGGGGCAGGAUUUUCAGCAAACAUGUUUUAAUAAAUAAGAUAAUACAGUU